AUGGCCUCCAUAGACCCGCUCAAGGGGCUGUACGCCUCGAUCAACCUCGACGAGCUCGCCGAGGUGCUCGGGGCCAGCGGCCCGGACAACGCGCCGCUCUCACGGGACGACCUGCUCGACGUGGUGCUGCGCCACAGCAGCCAGCCCCUCGCGGCCCCCAUGACCAAGCUCAUCCGCGAACACGCGGAGAAGGCGCUCCGCAUGAAUGCUGGCGUCGUCGAGUACUGCGGUGACACCUCGGGGGGCGUCCCGUCGCAGCAAGAGAGCCACUCCAUCGUGUACAAGCUGAUGAACACGGUCCUCAAGCGCACGGAGCUCGUAGACGAGCUGUACCUGCAAUUGCUGCGCCACGCACGCAGCAACCCCAACGCUGACUCCCUCAUCCGCGCCUGGAAGCUCAUGGCCGUGCUGUGCGCGAGCUCGGCGCCGGGCAAGGACAAGAUUUCCGCGAUAUCCGAGUACAUCCACGCGUACUGCUCGGCCGAGAGCGAGCCCAAGGACGCCCGCGCUGCAGCGAUCCGCGCCUUUCAAAUGCUCAAGCGCUCGGCCAAGGCGCACGCGCGCAAGCACGCCCCGUCCCCGCAGGAGAUCGCGGCGUUCCAGAACGCGGAGCCGAUGCCGGCGUUCGUGCACUUCCUGGACGACUCGUUCGAGGAGCUGACGUACGACAUUGCCACGUCGAUGCGCGAGGCCGUCGAGCGCGUCGCGAAGCUGAUCGGGCUGGAGCACUACCAGACGUUCGCGCUCUUCGAGCGCCGCACGUUCAUCCCGGCCCCCGGCGAGGAGCAGAAGCCCGACCUGCACGUCAUGCUCGACGACCGCACGCGCCUGGGCGACGUGGUGCUCGGCGCGCAGGACGCGAAGAACAGCGGGUACCAGGUCCGCCUGCUCUUCAAGAAGAAGAUCUUCCGCGAGUCGGACGAGCAGAUCGAGGAGCCCGUCUUCCUGCAGCUGUCAUACCUCCAGGCCAAGGAGGAGUACAUCACCGGGGCCUACCCCGUCGAACGGAAGGACGCCGUCAAGCUCUGCGUGCUCCAGAUCAUCGAGGCGCUGGGGCCCGGGCAGCCCCUGACGGAGGCGGACGCGAACGACUGGUGCCAGAGCUGCAUCCAGAAGCAGCUCCUGGACACGAAGCUCUCGGCGCGCGCCGACAACUCGUGGGCGCAGGAGGUGCUGCGGACGUACCAGAUGUCGGCGGGGCUCAACCGCGACGCGGCGCGCUCGGAGUUCCUGGCCUUCAUCCGCGGCCUGCCGUACGGGAACGCGCUGUUCUUCCCCGUGCAGCGCCACACGGACCCCCUCGGGCUGCUGCCCGAGCAGCUGCAGCUGGGGAUCAACAAGCACGGCCUGCACUUCUUCCGCCCGCGGCCGAAGGAGUUCCUGCACAGCGUGGAGCUGCGCGACAUCAUGCAGUUCGGGUCGUCGACGCACGCGGUCUUCUUCAAGAUGCGCAUGGCGGGCGACCUGCAGCUCUUUCAGUUCACCACGCGGCAGGGCGACGACAUCUGCCUGGCGCUGCAGACGCACAUCCACGACGUGCUCGCGCGGAAGGUGCGCAACCGGCAGGUGUCGACCGCGGGCGGCGCGUCGGGGCACGGCAGCGCGGGCGCGGGCGCGGCGCCGUCGGCGGCGGCGAUGAAGCAGAUCAAGACGCUGCAGCGCGAGGUGGAGGAGUGGCGGUCGAAGCACGACGCGCUGGAGGCGCAGCUGCGGGAGGAGGAGGACGCGCGGAAGGCGGCGGAGCACCGCGCGACGGAUGCGACGCUGACGGCGCGCGGGGGCGCCAACGAGGAGGUGCGGGUGCUGCGGCAGCAGGUCCGCGAGGCCGAGGCGCGGGUGAUGGAGCUGGAGGCGCAGCUGAGCGCGGCGGCGGGCGACGGCGACGCGAUCGUGGCGAUGGAGUCGCGCGUGAAGGGGUUGCAGGAGGAGGCGGGGCGCGCGCGCAAGGCCGAGGCGGCGGCGGAGGCGGCGCGCGCGGCGCUGGACGAGGCGAAGGAGCACAUCCGCGUGCUGGAGGGGCGGUUGGAGAGCGAGGUGAAGGGCGCGGAGGCGCGCGCGGACGGGCGCAUCGCGGCGCUCAAGGCGGAGCUGCAGGAGCGGCGCGACAAGUGCACGCGGCUGGAGCAGGAGGUGGCGGGGCUGGACGCGGCGGUGGCGUCGCAGAAGCAGACGGUGGAGGAGGCGGAGAAGGCGCUGGAGGAGAUGGACGCGUUGCGGGAGGAGAAGAAGGAGGUGGAGCGCAAGUGCAUGAACGCGGAGGUCACCGUGACGAAGCAGGCGGCGCGGCUGGAGGAGCUCGAGGCGCUGUACAAGCAGGAGAUGACGAUGCGGAAGCGGCUGCACAACACCAUCGAGGACAUGAAGGGCAAGAUCCGCGUGUACGCGCGCGUGCGACCCAUCCUGCCGCACGAGACGAAGCAGGGGCAGAGCGUCGCGCUGAGCUACCCGGACCGCUUCACGCUCGCGCACCCGUGGAAGGACUCGAAGAAGCCGCGGACGUACGAGUUCGACACGGUCUUCACGCCGAACGAGACCCAGGAGCAGGUCUUCGAGGACACGUGCCACCUCGUGCAGUCCGCGCUCGACGGGUACAACGUCUGCAUCUUCGCGUACGGCCAGACGGGCUCCGGGAAGACGCACACCAUCUACGGCACGCACGAGCAGCCGGGCCUCACGCCGCGCGCCAUGCACCACUUGUUUGACUGCGUGCAGCGCGACUCGGGCAAGUACGCGUUCGAGGUGCGCGCGCACAUGCUCGAGCUGUACCAGGACCACCUCACGGACCUCCUCCUGCCCCCCGCGGCGCGCACCCGCGCCCACGACGAGCGCCUCCCGCGCCUAGACAUCAAGAAGGACUUCCGGGGCAUGGUCACGGUGCACGGCGCGACGGUGGUGGAGGUGCGGUCGGCGCACGAGCUGCUGCAGGUCGUCGAGCGCGGGCUCGAGCGGCGCACGGUCGCGAGCACGAAGAUGAACCGGGAGAGCUCGCGGUCGCACCUCAUCAUCACCGUCAUGGUCACCGCCACCAACCUCCAGACGCAGGCCGUCUCCACGGGCAAGCUGAGCUUCGUGGACCUGGCGGGGAGCGAGCGCGUGAAGAAGAGCGGGUCGACGGGGGACCAGCUGAAGGAGGCACAGGCCAUCAACAAGUCGCUGUCGGCGCUGGGCGACGUCAUCUCGGCGCUCGCGAGCGAGCAGGCGCACAUCCCGUACCGCAACCACAAGCUCACGAUGCUCAUGUCGGACUCCCUCGGCGGCAAUGCGAAGACGCUCAUGUUCGUCAACGUCUCGCCCACGGACGGCAACCUGGACGAGACGCAGAACUCGCUGCAGUACGCCACGCGCGCCCGGACGAUCAAGAACAACGUCGGGCGCAUGGAGUUCUCGCGGGACAUGCUCAAGCUGCGCCGCAUGAUCGAGUACUGGAAGGAGCAGGCCGCGGUGCCCCCCGAGGCGCGCCAGUACGUCGACCUGCACAGCAUCAUGGACGAGCGGGACCCGCCCGCGGACGACCGCGACGACGUCCCGGACUACGAGUCCGUGCCGUCGACCGUGCCCUCGCGGCCAGCGACGGCGUCGGGCAACAUGUCGCGGCCGGGGACGGCGAGCGGGGAGCGCGCGCCGCUGACGCCGUCGCGGUCGCAACGGGGGAGCCUCGGGGGCACGGGCAUCCCGCGGCCGCCACCGUCGUCGUCGUUCAACGUCGGGGCGCAGUGA